AUGCUAACACCAAUGGUUCAGUCAAUAGAAUACAAGAUCAUAAUUUUGUACCAACCCAAGGAAAUAAUAAUAAUCUGCAUUAUAGUUAUGUACCCAAAUAAUACCUUCUCUAUGAAUAAUCAACCUGUACUUGUACCUCAGCAGCAGCAGCAGCAGCAGCAGCAGCAACAACAACAACAACAACCAUCAUAUCCUAAUCAUUUAAGGCCUCUACUACCAAGUAUCAUGUCAACUAGUCCUAUUUUAUCUCGACAUUCUGCAUCGCCAUCAACUGGAGCAACAGCAAGUACUGUUGGCACUAGUAAUACCGAGAAUAAUUCUAAUAAUAACAUUCAUAUUCAAAAACAACACUCUUUUCAAAUGAUGAAUCCCUCGACACCUCCCCCUUCCUUAUUGCCCUUGUUACCGCAUUCCCAUCCCAAUUCUCAACUGAGUAGAACACAGUCAUCAAUUUCUUCAUUUAAUUAUCAAACCAACAACAGUACUAGCACGAACACUGACUCUCAGACUAAUAAUACUGCAACAGAUAAUAAUCUGAGAAAUAUUAACCAAUAUGCUUCUAUGCUGAAAAAUGAAGGUUCAUACGGUUUAACUAAAGAAUCUAAUAAUAUAACAAAGGCUAAACGAUAUCAUUCUUUUCAAAAUUUCACUAUACAGAAUAGAAAUAUCCUUCCUAAGUUACAAAAUAAUAGUAACAUACAAGGUGUAAGUGAUAAACCUGAGGCAUCUUCUACUACUAUCACCACUACUGCAAACACUACUACUGCGACUACUGAUAUUGAUGAUAAUAAUGAACCAAUAACGAAAAAACUAGCAAAGAAGAAAUUGAAACCUGGUUCAAGCGUCGUUGCGGCAGCUAAGAAAGCUAAAACAGAGUCUCCAUCUCCCUCUAUAUCACCACCUAUUACUACGAAUAAUAAUAAUAACAAUAAUACGACAUCUCAAGCAACUAGUAACAACCUUUCAUCAAACCUGUUGAUCACAAGAAGAAACACACAGGAAGUAUUAGCUAAGACAAUAGCAGAAAAACAUUUAGAUAAACCUAUCUCUGAAUAUGCAACAAUAGUGAGGAAAGCUGAAAUAGUAGUAUUAAAUAUGGAUACACAAACACAUUCAAAGGCCUCGUUACAAAUCGCUGAACAAAAUAGAGAGAGAGAAAGACAAGUUUAUGCCUUAUUAUGGUUAAUGAAAAAUUGUCAAUCUAAACAUGAUAGUUAUGUUCCUCGUGGUAGGAUUUUCGCUCAAUAUGCAUCAUCUUGUGCUCAGAAUAAUUUGAAACCGUUAUCUCAAGCUUCGCUGGGUAAGCUAAUUAGAACUGUGUUCCCUGAUUUAACUACAAGAAGACUAGGUAUGAGAGGUCAAUCUAAGUACCAUUAUUGUGGGUUACAACUGAUAGAUAAUGAAGAUUUUAAUCCAAAUGAAUUGAGUCAAUCACCAUUACAAGAACAGGAAUUUAAAGAUCCGUCCUUAAUCCAAAUGGUCAAAGAACAAGAAGAAGAACAGGAUAUGGGUAAUAACUUCAAAGAUGAGUAUACGAGAAAGAUUAGGAAAAUAACUGAGUCAUCCUCAGCAGCUUCAUUAAGUUCUACAUCGUCAUUAACCAUAAUUAAAGCGGAACCAAUGCAAAAUGAAUCUCUAAUGCAUGACCCAAUUUCUGACCCAAUAUCGUCUGAGGUGAAAACUGAAAAAGAAGAACCUUCCAAGCUUGAUUAUACAAUAUCUGAAACGGAGAAAAAGCAAUACAAAAGAUCUCAUAAAGACCAUGAUGGAGAGUCUCGCAAUAAUGAUAAUAUCGAAGAGGUAACCAAGCCGAAUUGUGACGAUCUUCCGUUCCUUAAUGACCUAUAUAGAAAGGUUUUCGCUAAAUAUUCAACUAACGAAGAAGACAUAUCUUUAACAUUGCCAUCUAUACCAAGAGGCAAACUUCCUCCUGGAACAGACGACGAUAUCGUUUCUUCUUUAGAGUCAUUAUAUCAUGUCCAUUGCCAUUCUUUAUAUAAGAAUAUUAAAUUUAUGAAAUUUGAUGAGUUAUCUGAAAGUUUAUUUGGUUCUGGAUUAUUAUCACCACAAAUGUAUAACCUAUUCAUUUCAGAACCACUAUUUGAUUGGAUUCAUGAAUGUGACUUGAUUACACAUAUUGAAUUAGUUAAAUAUUUAUCAAGUUUGGCCAUCAAUAAAACUUUCAUUAAUGAAUCAGUUCUUUUCAAACUAGAAAUUUUUACCAAGAAUUAUUAUAAUUACGUCUCCAACUCCACCAUUGAUUUACCUGUCCCUGUAGUUAAUAGCAAAUUAGAAUUAGCCAAAGAUUUUUCUAAUUUAAUAAAGAAAUUGAUAAAGUUGUUCAAAUUCAUUUUAGGAUUCCAAAAUUGUUUUGAAUCAUUUGUCUUGGGUAUGCGAUAUGAUUGGGCUAAUAUAGUCAAUCUAGAAGAUAUAUUAGAACUGGUUAAUAAUGAAAAACAACAUGAUUUAAUGAUUGAAAUCAAGGAAUUCAUUGGUGUUAAUACACCUGCCUUUCUAAAUGAUAAUUCUGAUAGCGCUGAGAAUGCGGGUUCCACUUCCCUAACUACAUCUACGUCGUCAUCAUUUGUUUCACGAGCGGAACCGUCUAAAAGCCGAGCUAGCGGGGUUCGUGAACCCAUGAUAAAAAUAAUGAAGAAAUUUUUAGUGUUCAUCUCAAAUAGAAGACACGAUACAUCGGCGUUACCGUUUAUUGAUUGCUUUGUUAGGUUUACCAAUGCUAUUGUCGGUGAUAUCAGUUUGAAGUCAUCUGAAAAUCUAUUACCUUGGUUAUAUUUCAAUAAUAUUACAGUUCAACUAUUGACUUACUCUUUUGAAGUAACGAAAUUCCUUAAUGAGACAAAGAUAUAA